AUGUCUUUUAUCUCGCCCGAUCUUGGUGCUGCUGCAUCGUUCUACUUGGCCUUAUACAUCCUCUUUACUGUUUUCAUGACAUGUAUCGUGUUCAGAAAAGGCUUUUUGACAGUGUACACUUUUUUAUGGGCAUUCGGCAUUAUUCGUUCUGGUGGCCAGCUUUGCGGUGUCAUGUAUGCCAAGUUGGGUCCAUCCCAUUACAAAUGGCUUAUAGCAUACUUGGUUUUGGGCGCUGAAGGCUACCUUAUAUUGAUAUUGUCUGCUUUCCGGUUCACAUGCAAAGCUCAAAUGCACAAGUUUGGAUCUUCGUGGAUCUUGACGCUGGGUCCACCAAUCAGGACAUUCUUUUUCCGUAAACAGCUUUCUUGGAGACUCAUUUUCCAUCUCUUGUUGAUUCCAGCAAAUGUCUUUAUCAUCGCAGGCGGAUCUAUGUUGGCCGGAAUGAGCAGUGAGCAACUUCGAACGGACCAUGAAGGCAUUGAAACUUCACGAGGCCUUCGAACAGCAGGCCAGGCUAUAUUUGUCUUUAUGACAAUCGCAGCUGUCUUCCUAAACCUCUAUGUCUAUGUCAAAGAAGGUGUUCGCAACAACUUGACAAUUGGAGUCAUGUGUGCAUCUCCAUUUCUUUUGGUCAGAGGUGUAUUUGGUAUCUUGUCCAUUUACGUUGCAGCCAUGAAUUACUUUGACACCACAAAUUACACGGCUGGAGACUCAACGUCCCACAAAUUGACUAUUUACGAAUAUGUCUUGAGCACCACCAUGGAAUUUGUGGCCUCAUGCUGUUUGGCUUCCACAUUGUGGUCCAAUAGUGGAAACCAAGGUGCUUUGAAUUCAGACGAGGAAAAGUGA